GAGUCUGUUGUUUACACAUAAGAAAUGUAUUGCACAAAAGAAGAGAAAAAAAAGGUCUCUUCUAUUCUAAUAUCAUAAACCUCUCAUAUGGUGAUGUGAGAUUGAGAAACAAUGGCACAUUCACUAUCUUCUAUAUCGGCUACAGCUAAUGUCACAGCUACUCUAUCGCGCUCUAUCCGAUUCAGCAACACACAAUGUUCUUAUCAAAGGCUUCCAAAUCCACAAGCUUGCAGUAACGCUUGCAAUGAAACUCAACAUACCAAUCUCAUCUCACGCAGAAACACUGCCUUGAUCCUGACAGGGGUAAUGCUGGGUGUGAAUGUGGUUGACCGGAGGGCGGAGGCAGCGGCAAGAAGACCGCCACCACCUCCACCGCAAGAGAAGAAGGACCCCAAUCUGAGUGGGGUUCAGGCAAAAGUGCUAGCUAGUAAAAAGAGAAAGGAAGCCCUUAAAGAAGCUACAGCUAAGCUAAGAGCGAAAGGGAAACCUGUUGACCAGCCACCACCUGAAUAAUUUAUGUGAAUCCCAAACUUUUUGAUGUUUUCGCAUUUCUUCCGUCCGAUAUUAUGUUAAUCCCCACCUGAAUAAAGAGUGCAUAUUUAUAUUAACAACUCUAAUAUUCGUUUGUGAAGUAAGAAAUAUGAUCAAGGCCAUGUGGCCAUUCUAUUGAUUGUACUCUAUUCUAUGAGUUAGCUAUGAGUACCAAGAGCCUAAUGCGAUUAGGGUUUUAUGAUU